AGAGCGGGGCGCUGUUUACCUUAAUCCAAAAACAUCAUGGAGGACGAGCUGGAUGUUGAUAUCGAGGGAGAAGAGUUUGACAGCAGUAUGAGUGAGCUGCAGGGGGCAGGUUUAGCCCAGGAGCCGUUCUUACAGUCUGCGUGGAGGAGCAGCGCGGGAGUUCUGCCGUGGGAGCUCGACAGCUCCAUCAGUCCGGAGAACAGGGAGGUGAUAGAGAAGAUGCUGCUGGAGGAACAAUACUACCUGACAGGUGAGCAGGUUCAGAAUCAUAUCUGGGAGAGUGACACAAACAACAAACUAAAAGUGAAGAAGUCUCCAGCAAAGAGCUCCACCUCAGGAUCGUCGUUACGCUGGUCCAGACAGGAGAGAGAUUUGUUUGAGGAAGGACUGGCUCAGUUUGGUCGAAGGUGGACUAAAAUCUCCAGGUUGCUGGGCAGUCGCUCGGUCCUUCAGGUGAAGAGUUACGCCAGGCAGUACUUCAAACACAAGGCUAAAUCUGAACCCAGACCGGCAGCUCCCCCUGAAGGUCCUGCCCCGCCCCUGCAGCCUCUUCAGUCCACCUCCAGUCAGACCCCAGCUCUCACAAACACAGUGCGGAUAGAGAAGCUGUCCGAUGAGGAGGAUGAGGAGGUGGACAUCACUGAUGAUCUGAGUGAUGAAGGACAAUCCUGUAAACGCGAGCGGCUAACAGGGACGGAGAUCCUCACAGACCGCCCCACGCAGGAGCACACAGAUCCGGGUCAGACUGAGACUGAGGACCAACACUGCACCGAGUCUACGCAAAGUCCCGAGCCAAACGCUGGAGGGACGGAGCUGGAGCAGAGAGGGACAGAAGCUAUGACGGACUCGGAGCACGAGGACCAGAGUUCCCAGUGUGGGAGUCCAGUUCAGAUGGAUGAGGGCUGCAGGGACAGCUUAGGGCGCAGUCUGCCUGAUGGAGCAGAAGAAGAAGAACAAGAGGAGGAGGAGGAGGAGGAGGAGGAGGAGGACGAGGAGGAAGAGGAGCUGAAGGCUCCGGAGCAGGAGGUACACAUGGACAUGGAGAGCAUCAGUGAGGAUGAGAAACAAGCUAUCCCCGAAUUCUUUGAGGGGCGACCAUCGAAGACUCCUGAAAGAUACCUGAAGAUCCGAAACUACAUCCUGGAUCAAUGGAUGAAGAGUAGACCCAGAUACCUGAACAAGACCUCAGUCCGGCCCGGUCUGAAGAACUGUGGAGACGUGAACUGCAUCGGGAGAAUUCACACGUACCUGGAGCUGAUCGGAGCCAUUAACUUCAACUGUGAACAAGCCGUCUACAAUCGUCCGAGGGUGGUGGACCGAUCCAAGCAGAAGGAGGGCAGGGAUGUGAGGGAGGCGUACCAGCUGGCUCAGAGGCUGCAAAGCAUGCGGACCAGGAAGCGGCGUGUGCGGGACACGUGGGGGAACUGGUGUGACUCUAAAGACCUGGAGGGACAGACAUAUGAGCAUCUCAGUGCAGAGGAGCUCGCUCUCAGGAGAGAAGAGAUGAAGAAGCGUCAGAAAACCAGCAAGAGCUCCAAAUUAAGAGAGUCUUUGGAUCCGUUCCAGUUGAUUCCCUGCCGGACUUUUGGAGAAGAAGUUCAGGAACCAUUCCAGGUCAUUGUGUGUGCAGAGACUCUCCUUAUCAUGGACAUGCACGCGCAUGUGUCGCGGGGGGAAGUCAUCGGUCUGCUGGGGGGAACUUUCAACGAAGAAGAGAAGGUGUUAAAGAUCUGUGCAGCAGAGCCGUGCAACAGUGUGAGCACAGGUCUGCAGUGUGAGAUGGACCCGGUGUCUCAGACUCAGGCCUGUGAAGUGCUCUCCUCUCUGGGCUUCAGCGUGGUGGGCUGGUACCACUCACACCCCUCAUUCCACCCGAACCCCUCUGUGCGAGACAUCAACACACAGGACCAAUUCCAGAGUUAUUUCUCUCGUGGUGGAGCCCCCUUCAUCGGGAUGAUUGUGAGCCCGUAUGACCCUGCGAACCGCUCCCCACACUCCCAAACCACCUGCCUGUUAGUGAGAGAGAGCCAGGAGCCCUCAAGCCCACAGAAGCUGCCGUACAGAUUUGACUUCCUGUCGUCAGCAGAGCGUCCGGACUGGGAGCAGACGAUGAGGAGAGCGCAGUGGAUCAUCAACAAAUAUUGUCUGGCUCCCGGGAGUGUGCAGAUGGACAGAUAUUUCCGGAAAGACUCCCAUCUCACCUUUCUGGAGAAGAUGCUGUCGUCUUUGGCCAGGUACCUGGAGCCCCUGCCAGAUGAGGAGGGAGACCCCUUCCUCACACAGAUCCAGGCCCUUUUCCAGUCUGACUUCAUUGCCAAACAGCAGCAGGCGUCUGAGCAGGACGGGGAGGAGGAAGAAUCUUUGGAUACCUCACACAGACCAGUGGGCUCAACUGAGCUGGUUAUGAGCGAGGAGCGCCCCCUGCUGGGAGUAGCAGACUCUGACGAUGAUGUAGGCAGCGCUUCAGACGGCAGCUCAGAGACGCAGAGCAGCAUGGUGUUACAUCUGGGCUCUGUGCUGUCCACUGAACAUGAUUAUCUACUCUAAUGUUGACCCAUUCACUUCAUCUGACUGUAGAUAUUUCAACAAUUAUUUCAUCUUAAUAUGAAGAGUUUUUUUUUACCAGAGUAUUUUAUAUUCUUCUUCCUUAAAAGAAAGGGUGGGGCGUGGUCUAUCUUAGCAGACACUGAGGGAAAAUGUGCAGACUAAAAAUCUGUAAGUUUGAGAGUUUGCAAAAUAAGGACAGAAAAUGUGUUAGAAACUUUGAGAAUGCUGUUUUUCAAGUCAGUAUUAAGGAUUUGUUUCAAGAACUUAGUGUCUGAUCAUCUCUGUGAUGGUCCAAAAAGACAGUUGAGUGAAUAUUUGGAGUGUAUGUAUUGACUGAAACAUUGUUCAUUUCUUUGAAACCAAAUAUUAAAAACCUAUUUUCAUA